CCCCCCGCUCGCUCCCUUCUCCCUCCGCCAUAGAACAGCAAGUCGCCCUGCGAGAUCGGAAAGGAUGCAGCAGAACGUGCGCGGUCACGAUGCGAUCGACCUCUCGCAUCACCUCUCGGACCUCGCAAAGUCUCGGUCGGUCUCCCCGUUGAAGGGCCUCGCCAAGUACCUCAACAACCCGGACCUCAUUGCGCUGGCAGGAGGAAUGCCGCACCCCGCUUACUUCCCGUUCUCGGAGAUCAGCGGCGAAGUUCUGGUGCCCGAUUCGUUCGCACUGGAGUCCGAGUCUUCAUCCACUUCAUGGUUUUGGAGGCUGUUUGGAGCCGGCUCCUCGACCAAAGAGAGGACGACGCAUCAGACGAUUCCCAAGUAUCCUUCAAAGGCGACGCCGUUGAACCUUGCGAAGUCUCUGCAGUAUGGGACUGCGACCGGUCUCCCGGAGCUUCAGGAGUUCCUCAAGGAGUUCACCCAGAAGGUCUAUGACCCGGCAUACAAGAACUACUCAGUCCUUGUCCAUGCGGGCAACACGGACGGUUGGUGCAAGGCGGUCCAAACCCUCUGCAAUCCGGGCGAAGGUUUUCUCACCGAGGAUUGGACUUACCCGUCGGCGCUCUCAACCGCGCGGCCUCUGGGAUUGAUCCCUGUACCUGUCGAGAUGGACGGGGAAGGCAUGAGAGCGGACAGCUUGCGCAAAGUUCUGUCGGAGUGGGACGAGAAGGCUCACGGAGGAAUGAAGAGACCGCACGUCAUGUACACCGUUCCCAUAGGCCAGAACCCGAGCGGUGCAACGAUGGGCGCCGCGCGUAAGAAGGCCAUUUACGAUGUCUGUGUUGACUUCGGUAGGUCGUAUACCGGUGAAGGCUAUCACUAUGCUAAAGACCGCUCAGACGUAAUCAUUGUCGAAGACGACCCUUACUACUUCCUUCAAGAAGGAGAAUACGUCCCCAAGGAACAGCGUGUUCUCCAGUCAGCUAGCUUCACGAAGGGCAAGGAGGAGGAAGAAUACGUCGCGAGUCUGGCGCCUAGCUAUCUGAAGUUCGACACGCAAGGUCGAGUUGUUCGGCUCGAGACCUUCUCCAAGACUAUCGCCCCUGGUAGUCGCCUCGGGUGGUUCACUUGCAAUCCCGUCUUUGCUGAAAGAUUGGAACGUCAAGGAGAGACGUCGACCCAAAGCCCGUGUGGUUUUGGGCAGAGCUUGAUUACUCAGGCGCUCUUGACCUGGAAGUACGAUGGUUAUAUUCGCUGGCUACGUGGACUCGGACAGGAGUACAAGUCCCGUCGCGAUCACUUCAUCGACUGUCUAGCGGACGAAUUCCAGUUGACGCGGACAUCAAACCACGGCGUGAACGCGUGGGUCGGCUGCAACGUGUACUCUGCGUCGGACAAGAUCUUGUCCGCUACCGAUGAGAAACAGAUUUUCGGUCGCAGGCGGUAUUUUAGUUUCGUCCCGCCCAGCGCUGGGAUGUUCAUCUGGUUGAAGAUGGAUUUUUCAAGUCACCCAAGGCUGGCCGCCGAGGGAGAGCAGUCGCUUGAAAUGAAGCUUUGGGCGGCUCUUGCCGAGGCCGGCGUCCUGAUCUCUCCUGGCUGGUUCUUCUCUCCUGACGGUGAGGAUGACGCAUCUCCGGGUCAGGGUGUGGGCCACUACCGCAUUAGCUUCAGUAACGCUCAGUUCGACGUGAUGAACAAGGCAGUGAAAAUCAUGGGGAGCGUCAUGCGUGAUUUUUUCCAGGCCUAAGUUUCUGGGGUUUCACUAGACGUCUGGUACCCUCGUGCUAUCAUGGCUGCCACUUUCACCUAUGUAACCAUAUGUAGCACUCGUUAGUUCCGUUCAGGUCCCCGUUUCGGGACGAUGAAUAUCGGGAGUCCGCAUCUGUCAACCAAGCUUUACCGUUUCAAGCUCCUUACAAGUACC